ACAACUUUUUCAGUUCAACUUUUCCAUUGGGAAAUAUGAAGUUCGCUGGACAUUUUAUCGGCUUUCUUAGCAUUGCCGCUACAAUUAUUUCUUCUGCUCAUUCUGAGGAUAAAAACUAUGAUUUGUCUAACAAAAACCAAUUCACUUUUUACUUCAAAGAGAACUGGGAAACAAUUUUCAACACACCUCAGCCGGUUGCCAAUCCAGCAAAGGAAAGAAUUGGUCAACUUCUUGCCAGUGAUAUGUAUUUCCAACCAUGCUUCACAGUGGAACGUCUAUCUGGAAAUCGAUACUUCAGAGUUCGUUUUUGGGGAAUGUCGCAUGCUUUAAUCAACUGCCACGUCGAUUCAUCAGUCGUUUUGCCACGUGAUCCCGAAGAUAACUCAAUUCAUUCAAACAUGGAAAUGGAAUUUAUUCAAAAUACUACUUGCAAGAGUUACACCAACAGUCUUCACAAAAUUGCGAUGGAUAUUAAGGCAAGGAAGACUGAUGCCAAUGAUCCAUACCGUAUUUAUAAAAUUGUUGAGCAUUGCGCUCGCGAUUAAAUGUUCUAGAAUGAUAUUUGUAAAAUGACAAUAAAUGUAUUUUUAAUU